AUGUCGACCACCGAACCCUCGCCCUCUCCGGCUCCCGAGAAGAGGGACGAUCAGAGCAUCCAUGAGGACACUAACGGCCCCGGAGCCACCGCUCCGACCGAUCUCUCAGCCGAGGUCGAGGAUGAUCUGUCGAAACAAGACAACCUUCAACCGAGCGAGAUGAGUGAAGAAGCAGAGAAGCAGCCUCAAGGUCCUGGCGAGUUGUCCGGGACCAUUGCGACGGACGCGCCGGCCAUUGCUCAGCCCUCGACAGCAACCACUUCCCAGGAUCCGCUUCGGGGGCAGAUGGAAUCGCUGACAGUGAAUACGUCGCUGUCUGUCAAUUCAACAGAGCCUCGCCCAUCAUCUAGCGCAUCUACUCCUCCGCCUCCUCCGCCCGCGAAAGACGAUGUCUACGGAAAUUCGAGCUCCCAGCCCGCGGGCGAUCCCACCUCUGCCCCCAGCUCGGACAAAGACCUGCCUGAGGUGCCGGACAACAGCGAUCCCGAGUCAAAACGCGACAGAAAAAGCGAAGAAGCUCGGGAUGAGAAUGACUCUCAGCCAGAGAUCCAGAAUAUCAUGGGGCAAUUCCAGGACCCUGCGCGGAGUACCGGCCAACAGGAGAUCAUGUCCCCUCGGCUGGGGCUAGCUGAAUUCCGUGGCGCAAACUAUUUCCCACCGCGUAGGGCAAGCUUGGAACAUAACCAACACCCUGGGCCCGGUUCUUCCGCGGCUCCGCCGGAUAAUCAACCCAGGCCCAGUAUCUCUCAGCAUCCUCACAGGCCCGGUGGCCCGGAAGAACCAGUCUUGACGCGGCAAUCAUCCGCCUCGACAAUUCCUCCGCUGCCGGAACCUGAGCCUGAUCAGCCAUUCGAUUUCCAUCGCUUCCUGGAACAACUGCGCCACCGCACAGCUGAUCCGGUUGCCAAGUUUCUGCGCUCGUUCCUGAUGGAAUUUGGAAAACGGCAGUGGAUGGUCCACGAGCAGGUCAAGAUCAUCAGCGACUUUUUAGCGUUUAUCACGAACAAAAUGGCCAUGUGCGAGGUUUGGCGAAAUGUCUCGGAUAGUGAAUUCGAUAAUGCCAAAGAGGGCAUGGAGAAAUUGGUCAUGAAUCGCUUGUAUUCCCAGACCUUCUCGCCGGCUAUCCCAGCACCCCCGACGAUCCCCAGAAGCGCCAGCCGGAGUCGGCGGAGAGAGAUCGAGCGACUACAUGGGCCGUGGCGACGCGGCCAACACCAGGAAGACAUCGAGCGUGACGAUAUCCUCGCACAGAAGAUUCGCAUCUACAGCUGGGUGAGCGAGGAUCAUCUAGAUAUUCCCCCUGUGAGCGGGAGUGGGCGCCGUUUCUUGAAUUUGGCGCAGCAAGAACUGUUGAAGAUCAAUGGCUACCGCGCACCUCGCGAUAAAGUCAUUUGCAUCUUGAAUUGCUGCAAAGUGAUCUUUGGCCUUUUGAGGAAUACCAAAAAGGGCGACACAUCAGCCGACGCAUUCGUUCCUCUCUUGAUUUACGUGGUAUUACAUGCCAACCCCGACCAUCUUGUCUCCAACAUCCAAUACAUUCUCCGGUUCCGCAACCAAGAUAAACUCGGCGGCGAAGCUGGCUACUAUCUGUCUUCGUUGUCCGGCGCCAUCCAAUUCAUCGAGACGCUAGACCGCACCAGCCUUACAGUCAGCGACGAAGAGUUCGAGCGCAACGUCGAGGAAGCCGUAUCCGCCAUCGCCGAACAAAACCGCGAAUCCGAGUCUCUGAGCAAGAAACCCUCGCGCCAGCCCGCGCCCGGCCCUGCCUCUUCCCAAGCCGGUCCCAGCCGCAAAGACAACGGCUCCGCGCAUUCCAGCGACGACGACAGCAGUGCGCCCGUCACCGGCCUUCUCCGCACCAUCCAAAAACCCCUCUCAACCAUCGGCCGCAUCUUCUCCGACGAGCCCGACACCACGCCCUCCGCCUCCUCCCAAGACCGCCCCCUUCAUCCCGCUUCCACCCCACAACCGGGCGUCGCCCCGCCCCGUCUCUCCCCAAACGUCUAUCAGCCGCCACGCACAAGCAGCGAUGAACGCUCCCGCGCCGCCCGAGACAGCGCCGACUCCGCCCAGAAGAACCUCAGCCGCGUGCUCGACGCCCAGGACGCAGCCGCGCGCCAGGCGAGCGCCGAAGACGCCGAGGCCCGUCGCAUCCAGCGCGCAGAACACAAUACCGUCGUCGAGACCCUGUCUAAUAUGUUCCCCAAUCUGGACCGCGAUGUCAUCGAGGACGUGGUCAAGAUGAAGGAAGGGAGGUGCGUAGACAAUUCAUUCUCCUCCCGCUUCUCCUUCAUACUCACUUCUUUUAAAUAG